UUCUCCUCCCCCCUCCUCCCACCUCUCCCCUCUCCUCUCAUUUACUCUCCUCCCCUCCCCUCCAGUGUUAUCACUGCUCCCCGGCUGCCUGUGACUCCAGGCUGCAGCCGUCUCUCCCACUGCCGUCUCUCUCAACUACUUUCACUUCUUCCGUUCUCUUCCUGCCUCUUCUUUAACCCCUUCCUAUUAGCUCUGAAACGUCCCAGCUUCCAGACACUUUGUCUUAAUCAUAUUUCUGGGCGGUUGUUGUGAUCCAAAAACGAUUUCCGUUGUAGUGAUUCCAGAUGUGUCAGAUGUGCUCCACGAGGCUGAGGCUGAGGCUGCCUCAACCAGCCGUCAUCCACACACACUCCACAAUGUCAUUAAAGGGCGAGUCACUUGCUCAAAGGCUAGUCUACAAGUAGGCUUCUGAUACAGGGAAUCAAACCCAGGACCUUUCGGCUUGGUAGAACACCCUUACCGCUGGAACUUCCUGCAACCCUUUUGCUACUCACUCGAGAGUGGGUUUUUAGAUUUGCAUUGUUUGUGUUUCAGUCGAUCAUCUCUCAUACGAAGAAACCUGUGUGUGUGUGUGUGUGUGUGUGUGUGUGUGUGUGUGUGUGUGUGUGUGUGUGUGUGUGUGUGUGUGUGUGUGUUGUGGCAACCCGUCUCUGGCACAGCGCCCCUGGAGGCCAAGGGGGCAGGUUGUGGAUGCGGUGUACCACAGAUUUCCGACAGAUAACAUAAGAACAUCGGUGCCAAUCAUUGAGAUGCGGAGCACCUGAGGAGCAGGUGGGAAGCAUGCUUUAAAAAGCAUGCUUCCACACUCAUUCAGGGCUCUCCUGGUUCGCGUGUGCGGAGAGACCAGUCUCGUGGGUGAUGGGAUUCCACCCGGAGGAAAAAGACUGUUGAUUCCUCCAAAGCUGAGUUUUGUUUGGUUUGAUAUUUUUAUAAAUUACUAUUGAAUAAAAGUGCCAUUUUGGCUCCAAGUAAUCUCCAGUUCGUGUGCUUGGAAGGAGGCGGCUCACUCACCAAGCCGGGUUGCCACAUAUGGUGGAGCAUGCAGGCAGCUCGACCAAUCUACGGACCAUUAGUUAAGUAAACGCUGACUUCCAAUGGAGGCAGCUCGACCAAGUUACAGGUUUUCCUUUUCAAUGGAUGAACAAACCCUGAUGCAGAGCCCCAACAGAGCUGCAGCUGCCACCCAGAGAGAAACUGAACUCCAACUCCUCCGAGAGGCGGUCCAACGGCUCGAGCAGGGGCCCACGUUCAAAAAGCAGAUCCAGGAAAGGCCCGAGGAGAAGUGCACCCUGAUCAGGGAGAUCCAGGACCUCAAGGAAAUGCUGGAGGUUAAGGAGCGGAGGGUCAAUGACCUACGGAACGGGAUGGAGAACCUGCAGGAACAGCUUCGGGACAAGGAGAAGCAGAUGGGCAGCCUGAAAGGGAGGGUCAAGUCGCUGCAGGCGGACACCUCCAACAAAGAGAGCGCCCUCACCAGGUUGGUGGAAUCCGUCGCUGAGAAGGAGCAUAUCAUCCGGCGGCUGAAUGAACAAAGGUUCCAGGAUGACCAGGAGAUAGGUGAGGAGCUGGUGGCCAGCAGGACUAUGCUGGAGAAGAUGAAGGUGGAGCACAAGAUGGCCCUGGAGGAGACUGCCGCCAGACACGAGGCCCAAAGCAUGGACUGGUCCCGGGAGAGGGAGGCACUGAAGGCCCAGCUGUUGGGUUUGAUGAAGGAGCUGGAAGAGAACCAGCAGGUCGCCCAACAGCUGAGCUUCAACGUCGGUCACCAGCCCCAGCCAAUUGAGACUCGUCAGGACAGACGGGGAACAGCGCCACCUGGACGGGCAGCCCAGCCGAGGCGACUCAUCCGAGAGGAGGAGAGGCGGGAUCGCAUCCGUCAGGUCCAAGAGAGGGAGGAACGGGAGCACCUGAUCCGCAAGAGGAACUGGCUGGAGGUGGAGAAGCGGCGUCUGGACGCCGAAUGCAUGGAGCUGCAGUUCCUGGAGCGUGAGCAGCAGUGCAUCCGGUUUGAGCGCCGGCGUGAGCGGUACGGGAUCCAGCGGGAGCGAGUCAAGCUGCGCCGGCAGCAGGAGCAGCUACGCUUCGGGCCGGACUACCGCUCUGGCAAGAGGUCCUACAGGUUCCAGGGGGGACACUGGCCGGGGCGGACCAACGCCAACACCCUAUCCAGCCACGACCCGGGUUGCUGGUCAGUCAGAGGUGCCCCGAGCCUUCAUCAAAGGGUGGAGGAGUGUGGCAACCCGUCUCUGGCACAGCGCCCCUGGAGGCCAAUGGGGCAGGUUGUGGAUGCGGUGUACCACAGAUUUCCGACAGAUGGCGCCAGUAAGAACAUCGGUGCCAAUCAUUGAGAUGCGGAGCACCUGAGGAGCAGCUGGGAAGCAUGCUUUAAAAAGCAUGCUUCCACACUCAUUCAGGGCUCUCCUGGUUCGCGUGUGCGGAGAGACCAGUCUCGUGGGUGAUGGGAUUCCACCCGGAGGAAAAAGACUGUUGAUUCCUCCAAAGCUGAGUUUUUCGGUUUGCUUUGUUAGAUAUAUCAUUUAUGAAUGAAUAAAAGUGCCAUUUUGGCUUUAAGUAAGCUCCAGUUGGUGUGCUCAUUGGAAGGAGGCGGCUCACUCACCAAGCCGGGUUGCCACAGUGUGUGUGUGUGUGUGUGUGUGUGUGUGUGUGUGUCUCCCAGCAAGCACUGCUCCUCAGCUCGUGUAGUGUGUAUCCUGCGUGUAGCCUGUAGCGUGUAGGGUGCAGCGUGCAGCGUGUAGUGUUGCGUUUUCUUGAAGAAAGUAGUCCAAUCCUUUUAACUCACUUUAUUUGUUAAAGUAGGCCUAUUUCGGUAUGGUAGCUAUGAAGCAAAAGGGAGGGAAUUGUAUCUAACGCGUAUGAGAGUAAUAUCGUGCAGUACUUCGAGUCCCGGGCUUAGGCCCGGUUCCCUCGGCGGGGCUACCUAUUCGUUCUCACCUAAACCUGAACUCUGCGCUGGUUUCUAUCAAGUGGGC